AUGGAAAACAGUGUUGAUGUCAAGAUAGAAACCAAGGGGGAAAGAAAGCCAACAAAGCAGAAUCCACUGAGCAAAGCUGGGAAGAAAAUCUGCAAAGCCGUUGGGUAUAUCACUGGAGACAUGAAGGAAUUUGGAGCCUGGCUGAAAGACAAACCUCUCAUGAUCCAGUUUAUCGACUGGGUGCUGCGUGGGAUAUCGCAGGUGAUGUUUGUCAACAACCCCCUCAGCGGGCUUAUCGUGGUUGCUGGCUUCCUGGUGCAGAACCCAUGGUGGACACUGACUGGCUGUUUAGGAACAGUCGUCUCCACUUUAACAGCACUUAUUCUGGGUCAGGACAGAUCAGCCAUAGCAGCAGGCCUGUACGGCUAUAAUGGCGUCUUGGUGGGAUUGCUCAUGACUGUCUUCUCUGCUAAAGGAGACUACCACUGGUGGCUUCUACUGCCAAUAACACUGAUGUCCAUGACGUGCCCUGUUUUCAUCAGCGCUUUAGGCUCAAUCCUCUGUAAGUGGGAUCUGCCUGUUUUCAGCUUGCCUUUCAACUUGGCCUUGACCCUCUAUCUGGCUGCAUCAGGACCACACAACCUCUUCUUCCCUACAACUGUCAUUCAGCCUGCAACAGCAACACCAAACAUCACCUGGACGGAUGCUGAAAUGCCGAUGCUCCUGCAAUCCAUUCCAGUCGGAGUGGGUCAGGUUUAUGGCUGCGAUAACCCCUGGACUGGAGGAAUUUUCCUGAUUGCUUCAUUUAUCUCUUCUCCGCUCAUUUGUCUGCAUGCAGCAAUCGGAUCAGCAGUGGGGAUGCUGGCAGCGCUGAGCUUAGCAACGCCUUUUAGCAACAUCUACUCUGGCUUGUGGGGCUACAACAGCUCCCUCUCAUGCAUUGCAAUCGGGGGGAUGUUCUACGCUUUCACCUGGCAGACGCAUUUGCUGGCAAUUGCCUGUGCGCUCUUCAGUGCCUACCUGGGAGCAAUGGUGACCAACAUGUUGUCAGUGUUUGGGGUGCCAUCAGGAACCUGGUCUUUUUGCUUGUCGGCGCUGACCUUCCUGUUAAUAACCACAAACAACUCUGCCAUCUACAAGCUGCCACUCUCCAAAGUCACCUAUCCAGAAGCCAACCGAGCUUAUUAUCUGAAGAUGAAGAAACAUCAGAAGCCUUGCUGUGAGGUAUAAAGACCCAAGCAGAGAGAUCCUUUGCAGAUUUUAAGGCACAAGCACAAGUUCCACCCC